GUCCCGCGAUGCUCUCGGCUGGCCGGUGGCGGAGAUUGAACCGGAAGACGCUUUCUGGGUCUGAGGAGUGGAGAGACUGGUAUUGAACAGCCAAAAGUCCAAUAUGAAACUGUAUUGCCUGUCAGGGCACCCAACCUUACCAUGCAAUGUGCUCAAAUUCAAAUCAACCACCAUUAUGCUGGACUGUGGACUGGACAUGACUUCCACCCUCAAUUUCCUUCCUUUGCCACUUGUUCAAAGUCCCAGGCUGUCUAAUCUUCCUGGCUGGUCCCUAAAGGAUGGAAAUGCUUUCUUGGACAAGGAGCUAAAGGAGUGCUCAGGUCAUGUAUUUGUGGAUUCUGUGCCCGAAUUCUGCCUACCAGAGACCGAGCUAAUAGAUCUGUCUACGGUAGAUGUGAUCCUCAUCUCUAACUAUCACUGCAUGAUGGCUCUGCCCUACAUCACUGAGCACACGGGGUUCACAGGCACGGUCUAUGCCACAGAGCCCUCCGUUCAGAUCGGCAGGCUUCUCAUGGAAGAGUUGGUGAACUUCAUUGAACGCGUGCCCAAGGCUCAGUCUGCCUCCUUGUGGAAGAACAAGGAUAUUCAGCGGCUGCUGCCUUCUCCUCUCAAGGAUGCAGUAGAAGUAUCAACCUGGAGAAGAUGCUAUACAAUGCAAGAGGUGAACUCUGCCCUUAGUAAAAUCCAGCUGGUGGGAUAUUCUCAGAAAAUUGAACUUUUUGGUGCAGUCCAGGUGACUCCUUUAAGCUCUGGCUAUGCCCUUGGAAGCUCCAACUGGAUUAUCCAGUCCCAUUAUGAGAAAGUGUCUUACGUCUCUGGAUCCUCCUUGCUUACCACACACCCCCAGCCCAUGGACCAAGCUUCUCUCAAAAACAGCGAUGUUCUCAUUCUGACAGGCCUUACCCAGAUUCCCACUGCAAACCCAGACAGCAUGGUGGGAGAGUUCUGCAGCAACCUGUCACUGACACUCCGGAACGGAGGAAACGUGUUGGUCCCCUGCUACCCUUCUGGAGUGAUCUAUGACCUUCUGGAAUGCCUGUAUCAGUACAUUGACUCUGCCGGCCUCUCCAGCAUUCCUUUCUACUUCAUCUCCCCGGUGGCUAACAGUUCACUCGAGUUUUCCCAGAUUUUUGCCGAGUGGCUUUGUCACAACAAACAGACUAAGGUGUAUCUCCCAGAACCGCCUUUUCCUCAUGCAGAGCUCAUUCAGACCAACAAGCUGAAGCACUACCCCAGCAUCCAUGGAGACUUCAGCAACGACUUCAGACAGCCGUGUGUGGUUUUCACUGGACACCCUUCCCUCCGAUUCGGGGACGUGGUCCAUUUCAUGGAGCUCUGGGGAAAAUCUAGUCUCAACACUGUCAUAUUCACAGAACCCGACUUCACAUACCUGGAAGCACUGGCUCCCUACCAGCCCUUGGCCAUGAAAUGCAUAUACUGCCCCAUUGAUACGAGACUGAAUUUCAUCCAAGUGUCAAAGCUGCUCAAAGAAGUGCAGCCCCUCCACGUGGUCUGUCCUGAGCAGUACACCCAGCCGCCCCCAGCGCAGUCCCACCGGAUAGACCUGAUGAUUGACUGCCAGCCACCCGCCAUGUCCUAUCGGCGCGCCGAGGUCCUCGCCCUGCCCUUCAAGCGUCGGUAUGAGAAGAUAGAAAUCAUGCCAGAGCUUGCGGACUCACUGGUACCCAUGGAGAUCAAGCCUGGCGUUUCCUUGGCAACCGUCUCGGCCGUGCUGCACACUAAAGAUAACAAGCACAUCCUCCAGCCCCCGCCCAGGCCUGCCCAGCCCGCAGGCGGCAAGAAGAGAAAGCGGGCCAGUGACGACAUUCCAGACUGCAAGGUUUUGAAGCCUCUGCUGAGCGGCUCUAUCCCCGUGGAGCAGUUCGUGCAGACGCUGGAGAAGCAUGGCUUCAGUGAUAUUAAGGUGGAAGACACAGCCAAGGGCCAUAUCGUCCUGCUACAGGAAGCUGAGACACUCAUCCAGAUCGAGGAAGAUUCAACCCAUAUCAUCUGCGACAAUGACGAGAUGCUCAGGAUGAUCAGGAUUCUCCGCAUUCAGCUGAGCAGUAAACUCAGAUGCCUGUGUCUGAAAUAAUGGAAUUGCUUAAAACAGGUAUUUACCAGAUUACAUCAACUCUGAGACAGCAUCAGUUGUAACACACAUGCCAAUUUUGCAAGUAUUAAAAUGUGGAGAGUAGCAUACAAGUCUUAGAACUGGCCAGCAGUAGAAGUAGACGCUUACCGUCUUUUCGGACCAGUUGAAAUUCAGUCGGAGGUCAGUCCAACCUGGCCAGCAGCAAAGCAUCACAAAGGGCUUUAGUGACCCAAGAACUGUAACACUAUAGAACUACUUCCUCAGGUUUCAUGCAGAGUUGGCUGUCAGUUCUGUCUCUGGAAUGGACACGUCAGUGGGAAGCAGUUCUUCAUUAGAGGAGGAAAAAGGCAACUUCAUUUUUGCCAUCUCCAACUUUGCCAGCCUUGGGCCCAGGAAUGGUUCAACCGUUCUGUUUCCCAAUGUGCAGGUCAUUCCAAUCGAGGGGCCCAGGGUGUGUCUGCAGAAUAAACUUCGGGAGAGGAUUAACAUUACAAGAGACGGACAUGCCAUGGUUAUGAAAAUUUAGUUUUGUUUUUAGUAGGAGAAUUGUAAAUAUGCAGCACAUGUAGGCAUACUUCCUAGUAAAACUUGAGAGAAGUCAAGUUUUUUAAAGUUUUCUUAACAUCUUGAAAAAUGCAAAUGCAGUAUGAAAUAGAAAGAAAAAUCAAAAUGGUUAUUUUACUUAAAUGUUCCAACAAUGAUACGUCCAGGAAUGACCUGGAUUUGUCCAAGUUGGAUUUCUGUUAAGGGCUUGAUUAAUCCCAGGGGAUCAGUGAGAGGUGCUUGAGAGGUGGUUACUAAAGAGGCAAACAGUCCAUAAACUGAUGUGCAGGAAAUAAGAAAUGAUGACGGUUCUGUCAUUACCACCUACUUCAUGGCAGAAGCCAGAGAGAGGAAGAAGCAAAGAAUCAUUUGUUAGAGCAGAGAAAUCUAGAGCUGGCCCUCCCAAGUAUUAGGAGAGAGCAGUUAUGAAUAACUCUACCUAGAGUUCAGGUAUUUGGAUACCAAACCAGGUUGGUGAAUAGAAGACCCAGAAGAAAUGGUGGAACCUGCUGUUAGCGCUAGAAUUAUACCACCCAUGGUGGCUUUGUUAUUUGGAAAUGCAGCCCGCUGACUAUUCACACCGAUCUGGGGAAGAGACUGACAUUUAGAAAAAUUUCUACUCAUAAGCCCAACAAACGCCUAAUGAUUAAAUAGUAAUUGAAAAAACAUUAAAAAUAGUGAGGAGGGACCUGAUUUUCUUAUUUCUUUUGAUCUUUCUGCAAAGUAGUAUAUCUAUUGCUGUGUAGCAAAUUAGCCCAAAAUUUAGUGGCUUAAAAUAGCAAACACUUAUUAUCUCACUGCUUCUGUGGGUCAGAAAUCUGGUGUGGCUUAGCUGGGCGCUCCUGGUUCAGGGGCAUCUCUCCACAGGGCCACAGUCAAGGCGCUGAAUGAGGAAACUGAGGUACAGCAAUUAACUUUCCCCAAAACCCAUCGCCAGUAAGUGGCUUCUGCCUUACCUUAACAUCGUGUGUGAGCACCAGGGGUCAGGAGCUGGGGAAGGGACUUGAGGCGUAUCGUCCAUUUCUUUUUAAGUAAUGGUAACAACUAUUUGUCGUCUUGACCCCUGGAGAGCUUGAAGCCUUUGGGCCUCACCGUUUUCCUAUAGAGGCAGAAGUUGGCUUUUCCAAACUAUAGACAUACCUUGGGGAUAUUGCUGGUUUGGUUCCAGACCACAACAAUAAAGCACAUGA